AUGUCGAUGACUUGUCAAACCUUUUUAUUUAUCUUGUCUCUGAAAUGUCUCUUUGUAGAGGGUUUUCUCCGAGGUAUGCUGUACCCCAGGGAAUCCGAAACUCGGCAAGUGAAAUCUUUGGACGGGAUGUGGGAUUUCCGUGCGGAUAUUUCCUCAAUCGGGUUCGAUGAGAUGUGGUAUUCCUUGCCCUUAGCACAGGUUGGCGAUGUUCUUUCGAUGCCUGUUCCUUCCAGCUAUAAUGAUAUCACAGAAGACCGCUGGCUUAGGGACUUCGUUGGCUGGGUGUGGUACGAGAAAGUAUUUUAUGUGCCACCAUCGUGGAAAUCGGUCUCCAAAAGAGUGGUCUUGCGCUUCGACAACGUAUUCUAUCGUUGUAAAGUGUGGUUGAACAGCCAAGAGGUACUGGAACACGAAGGAGGGGACUUGCCCUUUGAGGUUGACAUUACCCACCAACUUGACAGCCUUGAGAGAGGUUCACAAAGAUUGACAGUGGCAGUGAAUAAUACUGUAGGCCAACCAGGAAAAGAAGAGGCUGGCAGGAGCUCAAGUUACUGCGAUUCAACAAGUGAUCAGUCGACAGAAGUGGACUUCGCCGGAAUCCACGGCUCUGUAAAACUCUACACCACCCCUGCAGAAGUGCAUUUAACAGAUAUAUCUGUCUUUACGGAACACACUUACACCAGAGCUAUACUCAAAUUCGUCACAGAGGUCGCAGCCUACAAUCACGUCAAAUCAAAAGACAUUACCAUGAGCUAUGAGCUGCUCGACAGGAAGGGGAGGAUGGUGUUAUCUACGGGUGGAGAAGGGAUGUUUAGUGGGAAGGUCAAAGUGUUUUUCCCAACCUUGUGGUGGCCCAUGGGUAUGAGUGACGAGCCCGGCUAUCUGUAUAAUCUCAAGGUUAUCACGUCUUAUAAGGGAAUUAAUGAUGUCUACAAUCUUCCGGUAGGCUUCAGGACCAUUCGCGUAGAGGGCUCAAGGGUCCUCAUCAACAAUGUCCCAUUGUACUUUAAGGGGUUUGGAAAAAGGCAGGAUAGUGACAUUCGUGCUCGAGGUUUUGAUUACGCCACCUUGAUUAGAGACUUUAAUCUGAUUCAGUGGUUUGGCGCCAACUCUAUCCGCACAAGUGAACACCCACCACCUGAGGAACUUCUGGAGCUUGCAGACAAAUACGGCAUUAUGGUUAUCAACGAAAGCCCAACUGUGGGAACCAAAGAAGUAUAUCAAAACCCCAUAUCAGAGCAUGCAGUCAACCGUCAUCUUGACUUGCUAUCAGAGUUAAUACAACGGGAUAAGAAUCAUCCAUCUGUAGUGAUGUGGUGUGUAGCAAGCCAUUCAGUUACGAUGCACAGUGGGAACAUUCACGCUCAUUUAAAGCGAAUGAUGGACUUCACACGAGAGAUGGAUUUACAGAAACGGCCAGUUACCUAUGUCACCUCUUCAUAUGACAAGCUGAUGACGGUGGAAGACCCUGGGCUUGAAUUCUGUGACGUCAUUUCUUUCAAUCGUCACUAUGGUUGGUAUUGGUACCCAGGCCAACCCUCGCUGAUUUCGAAGUCUUUAGAGGAGGAUCUGCGUGGCUUACAUAAUGUAUUUGGUAAACCAGUUCUCAUGGCCGAAUAUGGCAGCAACGCUGUUGCCGGGAGACACAAGAAACCGUCUGUGUUGUAUACCGAAGAGUAUCAGGUCGACACAAUGAAACAAUAUUUCCCUGUAUUUGAUCGCCUCAGGAAAGAAUUUCUGGCUGGAGAAAUGAUCUGGACUUUAACAGACUACAACGUUCUAGAAUCAUAUGACAUCAUGUCAACUAACACUAAGGGGCUCUUUACGCGUCAAAGACAACCAAAGGCUUCUGCGCAGGCUCUUCGGCAGAGGUAUCAAGCUUUAGCGGUGGACACACAUCCAAGGUUUACUGGUGACUCGUUACUAGAUGUCCUUAUUAGAUUCAAGCCUCACGAGGGAGACAAGUACCCCCUUGCUAUUCACAACAGACUACCGGCUUUGAUAAGAGAAGAAAGAGUAAAUACAACUAUACGGAAACGAUCUUUGGACGAGAUAAUGAAAUACUACGAGCCGUAACAACUAGAUGAGUGCACGAGAACACGAUGUGUUUCAACUGAGCAUGACUCAGGAGGGACGCUCGUGUAAUAAUGUUUUCCCAAAUAAUACGGAAAAGCUCUGCAAAGCUUGUUCAAAAAUGUAUGUGAAUUUUGGUGGGAGCUAUUUAUUAGAUAGAGUAGGUCAUUAGGGAGAAAAAAAGCUGGUUAAAGCAUUUUGGAUCAAAGCCUCAUACUGAAAUUGGCAAAGAUAAUUACAAAUUGCCAUCUACCUGCUGCAUCAUUUAGGAUAGUAGUGACUAUUUGCAAAAUAUUCAAUUCAAUGAGCAAUCCCCAUUUAAAAACACUUAAAGUUAUGUGGCAAAUGCCCUUGAUCGUUUAUUGGUUUGGCCGUUUUCUCUUCACUUACUUGUCUAUUUCGGUGUCACAGUGUUUUGGGUAUCCCCGAGUUUUAGGUACACCCGUACCAAAAACACUACUGUUUUCUGUUUUGGUAUCCCCUUUGGAGAUAUCAAUAACGCUAAAAAGUGGCAUAAACAAGAUACUGAAGCAAGUAAUAUGGCAUACUUUUUUAUUAUCGUAGACAAAAAAUAAUUGCUUGCAGACGUCAGAAAGUUGUAAUCCAAAGUUAAUUCUCGCAAAGUUAAUUCUGACUUGCCCCAGUCUCUUGUUAAUUCACUUUUUCCCAGAGGGGAUACCCAAAACUCGGGGGUAAUCCAGAACAAUGUGACAUGACACCGGGUCAUGCACUAAUGCUCAACCACAGGACUCUGGCUACAAGCUAAACUAAGACAAACAUGGCUAAUUUUACGUGUACUCUUCCGAGAGCUCGGGGUCCUUGUCUGUUACUUUUACUUUUCGCUACUGCUUUGUUUGUUCUUUGCGCUGUUUUUAAUUCCUCUUUAGACCAUUGUUCCGGCAUCAUUUCCUGAGUCAACAAAAAUAAGCAAGCUUACUUACAACAUUUGGCGUUCUUCUGAAAAGAUGCAAGAAAGAGCGGAAGCCUCAGGAGAAGUUGUAGAGGAUCUCGAGCCAGACAUCAUAGCAUUUCAAGAGGAAACGCUGGAAAAACUGGCAGUGCUAAGAGAACAGCGCUGGUUUUCCCGCUAUCACUUGCUUCCUCAAGGUGAAGCAAAAUAAGAAAUGUAUCCCGCCAUUAUUUUGAGUGUCUAUCCUGUCGAGAAAGAGAAAAAAUUAUCCAUAUACAAAUUCAAAAGCAAAUUGUAGACUUGUUUUAGCAGAAACAAAGAACACUGUUCCUUCCUUAGAUGUUGGAUUUGUGGCGAAGAGCAGCUGAGAGAAGCAUU